GCACACGACACGACCCGCGCACUACAUCACAUACCGUGCAACACGACUCAACGACCAACUCGGCAACACCAAGACGACUCAACGACCAACAGUACACCAGUGCGUUAGUGAUGCAAGUGUUAGCCACACUUCUGAUGGCGACUGUCCUCGGUGUAGUACGAGGAGUGAUCCGGACGCCACUAGAGGCGUUCAGGCCUUCGGGUGAAAUACAUUUAAAGAGGCCGGACAAACUGCCUCUUCUGCCACACAGGAGAACAGCGAUGCAGGCGAAAAGCGGACUAAAAAUAUUAUAUCAGAUUGGGACGUCUGAGGAGGAUCUGCCUGAGUGCCGUGCGCGGCAGGUGUGCAGCAAAGCGGACCUAUACGACGCAACGCAGCCGUGGAUAGAAAGGAAAUGCCGUUGCUUAGGUCACAAACCAUGCUCCAGUGAGCUGUCAGCGGAUGAUAACCAUACCUUAUCUGACAAAACAACAUUGUACAAGACGUGUGAACCAAUAAAGAGAUUGCCUAAGUGCAGAUACUUCAAGGAUGCUGCUUGGACGAUAUACUCUUUCCCCGACACCAACGCAACGCAACAGAUCGUCAAUUGUCAUUGCCCGAAAGCCUCUAUGACGUAUUUACUCAAGAAACUCUCUUACACGACAGCUAGCGGAGAACUUGGAAAUCAAUAUCAAUUCGCGUGCUCACCGCUAAGCAGAUUGAGGUGUUCGAGGAAAGAGCCUUGCAAGUUGUUCAGUGUACGUCGGCGUCACGAGCAGAUCGACGAGGUGAACGCAAGUACGAUCUGCCAGUGCCCCCGCGACCACACGUGCCCCCGUCAUCACACAGAGCCGGGCGUGCUCCCCGGGGUCACGUACGCCGCCGAGGACAUCCGUACCUAUCACGGGUACUGCAUGCCUGAACCCACACUAGAUACCUAUAGGUUCGUAGGUGAUAAGGACUGAAUGUGAUUUCUCGUUUCUUAACAAUAACAAUGUGAUCCUACGAGGUACUUAAUGUGCAUUCGUCUUUAAAAAAAUAUAUAAGCGUCUAAUAUGUUGCAAAAACAAGACACAUUCGAAUAGAGAUAGAGAUAUUAAUCAAAAAGUCAAAAAUAUGUUGAACUGACAAUAUUUGAUAUGUCAGCUGCUUGUCAGUGGCUGGUGACAUUGUCGUGUUAUUCAUUGCUCAUUGCCUGUUUAGUACAAAUUAAUGCUUAUAAAAGAC